AAAAUUGAUGAAAACCCAAUAGACCCAAAUGGUUAAAAAGUAAUAAAAAUCCAAGUCCUGCACAAAAUCCCAGGCAGUCUCUCUUCUCUCCUUUCACUUGCUUAUCAUUCUUUUCCCUUCAAUUUGCCCCCCCUUGUCUCGUAUUUUCCACUCAACCAAACACAACAUAUAUGCAAAUUAUUUUGUAUGUGUAUGUGAAUAAAAAUUAUGUAUUGGACUUUUGGUCCUAAAUCUUCUUCUCCUUUCUCUUUCUCGCUCCAAAAAUUGUUUUUCCUUUGAUCCCUCUCUCCAAUGCAACCCUUAAUCCUCUACAUGUAAUCCCACAUUAGCUUCCAUAAACCCUCUCGAUCUCUCCAACCAUGUCCCUUGAACAGCUUUCCUCAUCUCCGAUCCCCCUAAACGACACCCCGCACUCCGCCACUGCUUCAAACCACUCCUCCGCCCCUCAUGACGAGGGAACUCCACCACCGGUGCCGUCUCCGGCCCCGGCGCCACCUAUCAACAGGAGCAAUCGACCGUCCCGCGCUUGCACUAUUCGCGCCGCCGAGAGGCUUCAGGCUGCCCAGCAGCAGGCUGCGAUCGAGCGGAAGCAGAAACCCAAGAAGGACCAGCAGCAACAGCAGCGAUGCGAUGAGUCUCUGCAGCAGAAAGAGCAAUGCAGCGCCAGCAGUAAGAUCAUUACCCCGCUGGUUGGGCCACCCGAGCCAGCACAGUUGCUGAGGUGGAGCCUCCGCUCCAUGUGGGAAUUAGCUUCCAUACUUAAUUUCUUGCAUGUAUUUAGGCAUCUGUUGAAUAUACAGGUUGAGUUUUCAGCCGAGGAGUUUGAGACAGCUUUGAUUACACCAAAUGACACUUUGGGAGAUAUUCAUAUACCCUUACUAAAGGCAAUUCCUCCUAUUACCCGAAUUGCCCUAACACGAGAUACUUGGAUAACUGUUUUGUGCAGAAAAUUAAGAGACUGGUGGCACUGGGUUGCAGAUGGGGAACUUCCCAUAGUUGCUUCACAUGGGGUUGAGAUUGAAGUGUAUAAAACUCUUGAUCCGGGCAUCCGUGUGGUGAUCUUGAAAGCGCUAUGCGACAUUCGUGUUGAGCAAGAAGAUAUUCGGAAUUAUAUUGACAACUCCAUUAAACAUGGUAUUCAACUUUCUGUAUUUCGUAAAGAACGUGUCGGGGGUGAUUCACAAGGAAUUAAUUACUGGUAUGAGGACGAUCCAAUAAUUGGUCAUCGAUUAUACCGGGAAAUAAGAAAAGUUGAGGUGAAGAAGGCAAAGGCAAAAGGUUCCCAGGUCCUUCCCAAUGCAACAUACCAGUGGGAAACAGUUGCCACUAAUUUUGAUGAAUUUCAAGAUGUUUCUGAGAAGCUUUUUACAAGUAAAAAUAGGACAGAGGCUUCGUUAGGGAAGAAGCUAAAGAAUGACAUGCUUCCUGAGAUUGAGAAGGUUCACAAGAGGAAAGAAAGGUUGCUGAAAAAGCAACAUAGACAGGCUCUACUUCUUGAUAACUUCUUGAGUGUGGAUGGACUCUCACUAGGACGAUCACUUCGUGACAGAAAGCCUGUUACUUAUACUUUUGAUGAUUAUGACCGGUCAAUCAAUGAGGCUAUUAAAAUAACCAAGCAAAAACCGCCAUCCCCAGAGCAUAUUCACAGAAGAGAAGAUAUUAUGAAACCUGAAGCUUCAACAAAUGGUAAAUGGAGUGGUCCUUCACACGUACCUGAACAUGGCACCUUCAGUUUGACAAACCCGAAUUCCCCCAGUUAUGAUGAUAUUGAUGAAGAUCAUAAACCUGAAUUGUUGGACCGAAGCAAUAGGCGAAGGCAGCGGCCUCAACGGUAUUCAGCAAAAGAGUUUGUUGAAGCAGUUUCUGAUAAUGAAGCAGACUUUGACAGUGAUGAUGACAUAGUUGGAGAAGCCGUAUAUGAUGAAGAAUACUUGAGGAAACGUAAACAGAGGAGGAAGCUGUCAAGUAGCUCGGAAGGGGAUGAGGAGUAUCGAUAUGAUGAAGAAAAUGGUGAAGAAGAGGAAGAGGAGGAAGAAGAAGAGGAUUCAUCAAGUAUCAGCGAGGACAGUGAUGAGCCCCAAAAAUUUAAGAGACUGCCAGGCCGAACACGGAGGGAAACUAAAUUAAGGUCUGUUGACGAGCUCCAAUCAGGUUUGAGACGCAGUAAGAGGGCUACUCGAAACCGGGUUAAUUACCGGCAAUAUGAGCUGUCAGAAUCAGAUACAGAAUCAAGGAAACCUGAAAAAUCAAAUCCAUCCGAUGAAUAUUUGGAUGCUAGUGAGAAUGCUGAGUAUUCAGCUGGAAGUCAAGAUUCUGAUAACAAUGAGGAUGAAGAACAAGAUAUGAAAGUUGAUCAGCCUGUUAAAGGUUACACCGAGGCACAUGGGAAAGAGCAAAAUCAACCACCAGAGAAAUCAAAUAGCCCUAGCCCAGAUGAAGUUGAGGGUGUAAGAAACAGGCGUUUCCUUGAUCUAAAUGAACUUGCUCCAGGCUCUGGUUUUGAUGAUGGUCCAAACACAAUAAUGAAAGAUGAAGAUAGAGAGAAUUUUUAAGUUAACCUCUCUGCUGGAAAACAUGGUUUGCCAUUUUCUCUGGGGAAGCUUGAUGUACGAUAGUAGGAAAAAAGAUAUAUAUAAAUUUUGUGAUAAGCCUGUGGAAGAAACUACAGUCAAAGUUCUUCCAUGGUGUAAGUUAAACAGCCUGAUCCAAUCAUUCAGGAUUUGCUGCAGGGAGCAGCUUGAUGCCGAGAGUAUGUAGAUUAGGUAGUCAUUUUUUAGUAUGCCUACAUUCAUAGAAACCUACAAGGGGUGAAUUAGAAUUCAUUGGGAUUUUGUUAUCUUAUCCUAUCAAUGUACAAUAACCUUAACUGAUAUUGUAACUGAAAACUUGGCUUUUAGAUGUUC